ACUAUGACAAUCUACCUUGCUACCGAUUGGUUGCCCUUCGUCUCAUCACCAGUUCUAUCCCAGAACCUCAGAAGUCUGUGAUCUAGCUGUUCCAUAUGAUACAUACUGUGCAGUUCCAUUGAAAAUACAUUUCAAUAUUUCGUCCUACUUAGCCUUUUUUUAUUAUUAUUUCUAUCUAUCCUUCGACUUCAGGGCCGAUAUAUAUGUAUGAUAUUUCGAACAUCAUGAUUGCUGGAACUCUCCAUACAUGCAAUUUAGACAUGUUGCACUGGACACUGUGACGGAUGCUCCAAAGAGAAUGACACUUUAUUUGUUCAUAAAACUGCAGUGAGUCAUGUAAGAUAAUAGGUUUGUUAAAACUUGAUACGAUUGGUGAUCUUAGUCUUUUAAGAAGACCAUCAAAUCUCAAGAAUAUUAAAAAGAAAACACAAUUUUUGGAAAUGUCUAUUAUGCUAAGAAGAGGAUUCACUCUUAGUGGGGAAUUUGGAAGUAACGUUCUAUAUAGUAUCCAGAAACAGAACCAUAUGAAACAUGUGGCUAGAGUUGCUCUUCUAGAAACCAGAACAGUUGCACAAUUUGGUGAUAGUCGAAUCAACCACCAACUCAAGGAACGUCAACGUACCAUAAAUUCAUUUUUUAACCACACAUCUAUCGACAAAGUGGCAGCCCAGCCUUCAGUGCGCUUAGAUCCAGCUACUAUCUUGUAUUCAGGCAAAAGUCCAGAUGGAAGUCACAUAUUGAGGAGUGCCCAAUUUUUGCAUAAGGAACUACCAGUUAGGAUUGCUAACCGAAUUGCCUGUUUUCGAACCUUGCCCUUCAUUGUUGUGUGUAAUCCAACUAUUAUGGCUGUGCAUGAACUUUACAUCCGAGCCUUUUCCAUGUUAUCAGAAUUCCCAGCUAUCACAGAUUUUAAAUUGGAUAAGCAGUAUAGUGAAAUGCUGAGAGAUUUAUUAGAUGAUCAUCGAGACGAAGUUACUAAACUAGCAUCUGGCUUUCAGGAAUGCAGAAAAUAUAUCAAGGAAGAAAAACUGGUUCAACAGUUUCUGGAUCAAACACUAACUUCACGAUUGGGAAUUAGAAUGCUUGCAGAACAUCAUUUAGCUCUACACCAAGAACAGCCUAAUCAUGUUGGUAUCAUCAAUACUGCUAUGAAACUCAAAGAAGUAGUGGACUAUUGGGCUGAUUAUUCCAGACAAAUUGCUGAACACAAGUAUGGGAAAACUCCAGUUAUCAAAUGUAAUGGACACAUUACUGCUAGUUUUCCAUACAUUCAGAUUCCGAUUGACUACAUAAUUCCAGAACUGCUGAAAAAUGCAGUCAGGGCCACUAUUGAAAGCCAUCCAGGUACACCUGAAUCCAGCCUUCCUCCAGUAACAGUAACUAUAGCUAACAAUGAUGUGGACUUUAUUUUAAGGGUCUCUGACCGUGGUGGAGGUAUUCCCCACCAUCUUCUCAACCAUGUUACCCAGUACCACUUUACUACUGCCAGUCACUCAGAAGAGGAAGGAGCUGGGGUGUUUAGCACAAUGAUUUCAGAGUCCAACCAUGGACCAUCUGGGCCAAUGCAUGGGUUUGGUUUUGGUUUGCCAACAACGCAAGCUUAUGCAGAAUAUUUAGGAGGAAAUCUGACCAUUGAAACAAUGCAAGGAAUUGGUACUGAUGUCUAUCUAAGGUUGAAGCACAUUGAUGGAAAAAAAGGAAGCUUCAGGAUUUAAAAUAAACUUCUGAAAUGAUGCUAUUACAAGAACACUUGUAUAUCAAGUAUUCUAUAAAGAAUAUCCUAGCAAAAAAUUGUAUGUUUUUUUUAUAGUGUUAUACGAAUAUUUGCAAUUUCCAAUUACAUAAACUUCUUACUGUUUUCUGAUGUGUUUGGGAUUUAUAGUGGAGUUAUUACAGAUUCUCUUUGCAAUGUAGAGUUAUUAUAUAACAAUGCUGCAGCUGUUAAAAAUGUAUAUAAAGGUAAAAGUAACUUAUUUCUAAAGCUUAUGAGUUUCCACUGGUGAUAGUUAUCUCUCAGGUAAAUAUUGUAUCACUUUUUACUAGAAUCUCUUUCCUCAUUAGGUUGUGAUUUUGCUAUUCAUUGUUGAUAUAAUUUAACUAAUUACCAAAAAUGAUUAAAGAUAUUUGUAAGUCAGUUUGUUUCUUAUGUUCUAAGAAAAUGUAUCAAAGCAUGGGAGGAUCUCAUCUAAUGUUUGUUUUAGUACUGGCAGAAUUAAUAAUAAUAAAAGAAAAGCUUUCAUUAUAUUUCCUAUUAACCGGUUAUUUCAUACCGAUCUUGAACGUUUAGAUUUUUACAUGUCAAAAUAACAACUAGCAGAUCACUUACCUUCAUUUCACAUAGUAUCAAAUGUAUAUAUAUAAAUGCUAAACUUUUUUUCCCACAUUGUGAGUGGAAUUUUUUUACUUAUUUUUUCUAAACUUGAAAGCCUCUGAUAUAUUAACGUUAUUCAGUUACAAUGAUUAAGAAAAUAUUUUUUCAUCAACCACAUAUUUCAUUAAGUUAAUUGCAAUAAUAAUGCCUAUGGUUUCAAUAACUGUCUUGUGACAAUUUUUCAGUUGCCCACUAACUCAACUGUAAACAAUUAAUUUAUAUUUAUCAGCUGAUUUUGAAUUGCUUUAUACUUUGCAAUAAACACAUUCUGACUUAGCAAAGUUUUACACUAAUAUUGUAGCUGUCUAGCAGUAGAGUUUUUUUCAUCAAGCCAAGCCCAUCUCUACUUGUUUCAUAACUUUCUUGUGAACUUCUAUCACAGACAAACCCUCUAUUAUAUGCCACACUUUUAAACUGCAGAAAAACCUAGAGCAGAGAGGAAAUGCACAGCUCGUGUGAUCUAUCACUUCACUUACCAUUAACCUAGGUACAUAUACAAGCAGCAUGUAACUCGUGUCAUAAAUAACACCAUUCCUAUGUCAUAAACAUAUGCAUUUUAUAGAUGGGGCUUGCUAUCCAUUUUUAAAUCGGAGGUAGAGCUUUGAAUGCAGGAGGAUUUGUUCUGUGUUGCUCCCUUCCCAGAUUUUACUUGCAUUUCAACACCAGUCAUAUGAAUGGACUUAGAAAAGGACAUUUUUAUGGAUUUCUGUCUACAAUCGAGAAUUUUCACCCAUGAAAGUUAUUCAACAUUAUUUAGAAUAACCAUGAUGGUGAGUAAGUUGUCACCAUCUUAGAUCCCACAUGUUUAAAAUUGUUUAUUUCUCCUCAGUUUAUACUACAUAAGAUUUUUGUGAUAUUUUUAAGUCAUUCUUACAAAUUUUAACAUUUUCCAAACUUUUGUUUUUUAAUUCUGUACAUUUUUUCCAGCACUGAAAGGUUAGGCUUAAAAAAUUAUUGUACUUAUUAUUGUCAAAUCUUUUUUUUUUUGCAAUAAGAUUCAAUGAGGAUUGGAAUUGUUUUUUAAAAGCGUUUUAAACAAAAGUAUGAUGUAUGACUUUUCAGGUUUAAGUAAAACAAUUUAUACUAGUUUCAUAAUUUAUCCCCAUUCGUACCCCCCCCCCCCAAAAAAAAAUUUUGCUCAUAAGAAAAAAAAGUUGCUAAUUGUGUAAAUAUUUUUACAUUAUUGGUGACAGUUAGUAGCUAGUCAUUAUCUGUUGUAUAAAAAGGUUUUUCUCUUUAUUUUUACUAACAACAUUAUUGUUGCUUGCAAUAAAUGUGGUUAGGUGAAUUAUAAACUUUUUGUUUAAUUUUAACUCUAUAUAAUCAUCCAUUUUUAUACUUUAUGAAUAAAUGUUUUGGUACUGUGAGGAUUUUCAAAUCCAUUAUUUUGCAGAUCUGAAAAUAAAUUUUCCACUCUUUUUUUUCAUUGUUUGCAAGGGUAAAUGGAAGGAAAACAUGGUAAUAAAUAUUGUUUGACUAUGAAUAAUGGUGAACAUUGUAUUGUCAAAAACCUGCUGUUCACAUGAUGUAUUACAAGUCAAAACAGUGCAUUUAUACUUGUCAUAAGACAUUAGUAUUAGGCGUAUUAUAUUUUUAACACUACAUUCUUUAUUCAGUCUUAUAACUAGUAUAAUUAACCAUAAUCACAGUUUGCCAGUUUAGAAAAGGCAUUCACACCAGAAAAAUCGUUGUAACAAAUAGCUUUUAUAAAUAGUGUUCUAGCUACUAUUGUGUUUGUUGUGUCCAGCUGGUCUGAGCUCUGUAUUGAGCAAAAUGCAUCAACUGCAAUGAACAUGACAACAGUGUGGUUGAAAUACUAUUCAAAAUGGACUUGAUAAAGAAUGUAGUAUUAAAAAAUAUCAGCCUUAUUACGAAUGUCUUUACACAAAUAUAAUCAUGUUCUGCCAGUGUAGAAAUGACAUUCAUACUGUAACAGUUGUAACAAACAAUUACUUUUACCUUCGGUUAUUCUGUAGCCUAAAAAAGAAAUUGUUGCAUUAUAAAGUGAGCCAGUGACAUUACCGAUACAGCAUCUAAAUAAAAUGCCUUGAAUUGAUAGCAGUGUAAUAUUUAUUACUGUUUUUAAUAUGAAAAAAUUGAUUGUGCAAGGAAAACGUUAAAGAUUAAAAACUUUCAGAACAAAUAUAUUUAAGAUAUGCAAAGAGAUCUUGAGAUUUCUAUUAAGUGUUUUUCUGACAAAAACUUAUCAUAAGAAGCAAAACAAUAAUCAUUUAGCAUUUGCAUUUUGAUAAAACUAUUUUUUUCAAUUCUUGAGAAUUUUUGUGCCCAGGUAAGUUGUUGUAUAAUGGUGACAAGUUCAACUUACCACCCUGCACUUAAACAGAAAACAUAAGCUGUUGAUUAAGCUUAAAAUUAAAUAUUUGCAGUACAUCAUGUUCAGACGCAAAAUUAAGUCACCUGAAAUGCAUGUCUAUGCUAAUAAAAGGGUCAUUGUUUUGUAUGUUGUGCUAUAUAAGGACCCUGUACAUGUGAAUAAACCUGUUAUUAGUUGGUGAAAUUAACUGAAUGAAAUGAUGUGUCAAAAUGUUGGUGAAAUCAGUUCUUGUCAUGGCAGGAUUUAUACAGUUUGAAACACUCAAAGAAUUGGCAUUUUAAACCCCUGUGAACUUUGUGGCAGAGAUGCUAAUAAAAAAAUAAAAGCAUUUUAAUUUAUUCUCCUUUUAUCAUGUUUGUAUGUUUCCAAAAGUUCCAUGUG